AUGCACCUGAGCAUCCUGAAGGCAAGAAAGGUGGAAUUUGUGCCGCUCAAGAGGGUGACCAAAAUGCAGGAGUUGCGCUCUGACGCUGCCGCUCCAGUCGAUCGCAAGGGUGCGGUGGCUCUUCGUGAGCAAGUGAUGGGGCAGGAGCGCAACUCCCAGAAGGCCAGCAUGGUCGGCAUGGUCAAGCAUGGUCAGGACUACGACUUUGAAGUGCUGGUGGCCAUCAUGCUUUCUGCACAGACCAAGGACAGCGUGACCUACGAGACCAUGCAAAACUUGCGUGUCUGCGGGAUCAACGCGCAAGCCAUCCUAGACAUGACGGAAGAGAGGCUUUCCAAACUCAUCGGGAAGGUGAACUACCACCGCCGCAAAGUCCAAUACCUCAAGAAGACUUCCCAGCUAUUGUUGGAACGGUAUGGGGGCCACGUGCCAGACAGAUUGUCUGAACUGAUGGAGCUUCCAGGCGUUGGUGAGAAAACGGCCCUGCUGUACCUCCAAGUGGCCAAGGGCAAGGUGGAGGGCAUAGCUGUGGACACUCACGUGCACAGAAUUGCGAACGCCCUUGGCUGGACGGGGGUGCCAACUAAGACAGCGCAGCAAACGCGCCGGGAGCUGGAGAAUCGGAUUCCACGAAAAUUUUGGGGAGUCAUCAACCCUCUGGUGGUCGGAUUUGGUCAGGAGUUGCGCGAGAACAGGUCGUCGAUUCUGCAUAAGUGCCUUUCGUGCAGUCACCCGCGCCUAGCCCUGCAGCUACUGGCCGAUUGCGGCAUGCAAGUGAGGAGGGAGAUGGAGAAGGCUGGGCUGCAAGCCGGAGACUUUCUGGACAAGCCAUGCUGA